AUGACCAAGUACCGCGUCGGCGUCGAUGUUGGCGGAACUAAUACCGACGCUGCGAUCAUCGAUAUCCUCGCUACUGACGCUCCCUCGCGCGGCGUGUGCGCUUCCACCAAAACCCCUACGACCGCGGACGUGACGUCUGGUAUAUAUGCCGCCAUCCAGGAUGUAUUGGAACAGUCCCACGUCGAUAGGCAGGAUGUUGUUAGUGUCGCGAUCGGCACGACGCAUUUCGUCAAUGCGGUCGUUCAGGCUGACUCGAGUCGCUUGAGUCAAGUCGCUGUCGUGCGGCUUUGUGGUCCUUUUACGAAACAGGUGCCGCCUUUCGCGGAGUUCCCAUCCGAUUUGAAGGGAAUCAUGGGCGGUCCGGUGCUUUACUUGGAUGGUGGUCUUGAAAUCGACGGGCGCGAAAUCGCACCAUUGAAUGUAGAACAGAUUAGAGCUACUGUGCAGAGCAUUCAAGAUGCAGGCAUCAAGAUGGUCGCUCUCCUGGGCGUGUUUUCUCCAUUGGAUCACAGUGGGAUCCACGAAGAGACCUGUAAGAAGCUGAUGCUCGGCUUCGAUCCCUCGCUAUCCAUCGUCUGUUCGCAUGCGAUCGGUCGCAUCGGCUUCCUGGAGAGAGAAAACGCGACUAUCCUCAAUGCCUCUAUUCUCAGCUUCGCCCGGAAAACGGUACGAGCGUUUUGCAGCGCAAUGGCCAAACUGCAACUCCACGGCGCUGAAUUGCCGAUCAAGACCUUCGCCAGUGGACCAACGAAUAGUAUGACCGGUGCUGCCUUCCUUGCCUCCUUGGAUCGGGGUGGUUCGGCGAAACCGUCGGAUCAGCAGGUGCUGGUCGUUGACAUCGGUGGGACGACGACGGACGUAUGCGCGCUGCUUCCAUCAGGUUUGCCGCGUCAGGCACCGAAUUUCGUGGAGGUUGGAGGCGUGCGCACUGCGUUCUCAAUGCCUGAGGUUCUGUCGGUUGGGCUCGGUGGUGGCAGCCGUGUGGGCGUGGAUGGACACACCGGGGCUGUCAGGGUUGGGCCCGAGUCCGUUGGCCAUUCUCUGACUAGCCGCGCCAGGGUGUUUGGUGGUGAUGUGCUGACUGCAACGGAUAUCGUGACAGCAUCUGGAAGGGCCGAGAUUGGGGACCGGGAGAAGGUAAAAGACAUUCCUGCGCAGAUUGUCACGAAAGCGCGCCAACAGAUUCGGAAGAUCCUCGAACGUGCUAUUGAUGGCAUGAAGAUCUCCAACCAGCCGGUUGUGCUGUUGCUUGUCGGGGGUGGCUCGGUCGUUCAUAUGGAUGCUUUGAAUGGUGUCGCGGAGUGCAUCAUACCGCCGCAUCAUGACUCUGCGAAUGCUGUUGGUGCGGCUAUUGCUAAGGUAGCCGGGGAGAUAGAUGUGAUAGAGUUACUGGAGGGUCGUGAUGAGAAGCAGGUGCUCGAGGCAGCGAAACAACGGGCGAUUGAUGCAGCUAUGGCUCGUGGAGCAGAAAAGGAAGGGGUUAGGAUUGCUACAAUCGAGAAGAUCCCUCUUGCCUAUGCUACAAAUAAGGCGACACGGCUUGUGAUCAAGGCGAUUGGGAGCCUUACUCCCCUGGAUGUUGAUAAUCAAGCGCCACGGCCCGAGGCAUUCCAGGAGAAUAUAUAUGACCAUAUUGAAGCAAACGAGGAAGAGUCCAUACAGACGGAUACACCGCGUGAGGCAGCCCAUUUCACUGCGAAGCCAUCCCUCCAGAUCGAUUUGGAUACAUAUAAACCCGACGUUCGCAACAACACGUGGUACAUAUCUCCCGUCGACCUAGAGUUUAUGGCCGCCGGCACAGGAGUGCUAGGAACAGGCGGUGGUGGACCCUCCCGGAUACAAUACCUCCACUGCCUCCAGUUUCUUCAAUGUCCGGGAUACGCGGGAAACAUGCGGGUCGUCAAGCCUGCAAGCUUAAGAGACUCGGAUAUAUGUGUCAUGGGCUCGUGGUUCGGUGCCCCUAGCGUAUCCAGCGAGCGUCUCUCGGCAGGAACAGAAUUGGCCCUCGCUAUUGAAAGCUGCGUGCGCAUUACCGGCAAGAAGGACUUCCAUGCCAUCGUCACAGACGAGAUUGGAGGCGGGAACGGUUUAUCGGCAUUCCCCUCCGGCGUGAUAUACGAUAUUCCGGUGGUGGAUGGGGACUUGAUGGGGAGGGCAUAUCCAACGCUGGAACACUGUACGCCAUACGUCUAUGGACUCUCCGCUACUCCCUGCGCUGUCGCAGACGGCAGAGGGAAUGUAUCGAUCAUUCUACACGCCGAAAGCAGCCGUCGCGCCGAAACAAUGGCACGAAGUCAAUGCGUCGAUCUGGGAAAUAAGGUCGCCCUAUCGACUGCUCCCCUUACCGGCGCUGAGACUAAGAAAUACAUCAUACCAAACACCAUCUCUCAGGCGUGGUACAUUGGGAGAGCCGUGUAUCGUGCUCGGCAAUCAAAGACAGACAUGAUUCAAGCUAUUUUCGACACCUCGCCCGGAAAGCUCCUCUACACUGGCAAGGUCACCGACGUCAAACGAGAUGUUAGCCGUGGCUACACAAUGGGUUAUUGUCUGCUUGCGCCUCUUAGUAGCGACGAACGGGAGACUACUAUUUCUUCUAGCUGUGGUGUUGGUGUGCUGGAGGAGAGUCGCUGCUUGGUCAUUCCCUUCCAGAAUGAGUUCCUCUAUGCCGCUUAUACAGACCCUGAUGGUCCAGAAGACGAAUCCAAGCAAGAAGUUAUCUGUUCUGUCCCUGAUUUGAUUUCGAUACUGGGACAGGAUGGUGAGGCGAUUGGAUCGCAGGAACUCCGAUAUGGCCUCAAAGUCAAUGUGAUUGCUAUGGCAGCGCAUCCACUCUGGACGACAAAAAAGGGACUGAGUAUUGGUGGUCCGCAGGGGUUUGGAUUGGAUAUGGAGUGGACGAAGUUGGGGGAGUACUGGGAACCGAGGAGUGUGAUUGAGGAGUUUAAUAGAGUUGAGUAG